AUGAGUCCGAACGUAUUAUCGCCUAAUUCAUCAUCAUUAUCAUACAGGCAACAUACAACACCCAGUACGAGUAAUUUAACUGUUAUUUCGAAAAAAAAGAAAAAUGUUAGUUUUAGUCGAAAUGCCUCCUGUCCCACACAUGACUCUUUAAUAAAUGAUGAUACUUUACUUCUAAGUAAAAGAAAAUCUUUUUCAACGAAUAUAAUAAAUAAAUAUGAAUAUCAAAGUGUAUCGGAACUUAAACCAAUUCUUAAACAUCAUCACCGACAGCAACAACAACGUUCGUUUCAACCAAAUAUGAACAAUGAAAAGACAAAACUUAGUUUUAUUCAACGUUUCAAACAACAUCUAUUAAAUGUAUUCAAAAAUAUGAAAAAUAGCAAUAUAAAACCAUCGAACACAUUAAAGGAAGCUGAAAAUGUGUUAGGUUAUCAAAACAUGACAUAUUUUGAUUAUGAUGACGAAUUGGAUAUAACAGAAGAAAAUGAAUUAAUGUUAACAAAUCGUCUUUUGGAUGUUUUACGUGAAAGUAAACUGAAACAUUUGAAUUGUGGUGAUCUAUUUGUGCCAUGUAAUCAUAUCAAAAAUAUUUCCAAACAAAUGUUAAUGAUGGCUGCUGAAGAGCCGUUUGGUAUACACGGUGCAAAGAUCAAUAUCAAACUGUUGAGUAAACAACGAGACGAAGAAGAAAAACUGGUACAGACAAUAAAAGUUGAUGCGACGAAACAGUCCACAUUUGAGAUUGAAAUACAGUUGCAUGAAGAUCAAAAGAUAUUCAGUUUACGACGUUUCUUAUCAUUGAUGACUAAAUCGAAGAUGAAAUUGAUUGAACAAUUAAAAAACAGGAGUCCAAUUUACAUUAGUCCAAAUUGUAAACUAAUUAAGACACGUUAUUAUUGUCAUGAAAAACCAAAAAUAGUCUGUGUUGAACCAUGA